AUGAAGAAGUCCUCCCCUCUUCCUUCGCCUAAGUCCACGAAACCGUCAUCUACCCCAGCCAAGCAACGUUCCACCACGACCUUGACUCAUAAUGCGCAAUUCAGCAACCCUCUAUCCCACACACAAACUCGACCUCGCUUAAGAAGGGAGGCCAGAAAGAGUAGUAGUCCAGAGGAAAUAACAUCGCUGCUGGAGCCUACACGCAACAGUCAAGCAAAUGCAUUGAGCAGUCAGCAUGCCACACUUCCAAGGAGCAAUAUAAGCACCACUUCAGAAAGCGCCGACGAGGAUACCGAGGACAGUUUUAGUGGGCCGUUAUCAGAUGUUAAGGAAUAUGAGGAGGGUAAAUCUCCUGAGCACAUCGAAAUAGAACGAUUGAAGGAAGCAUUGUCCGCGAAGAUGGCGGCGAACCAGCAAAGAGCAAUAUCGAGUAUGAGCCCUAAGCAAAGUCCAGGUGGGAGAACGCCUGUCAGUGUAGCAGCACGUAGGGUGUCACCCAUAAAGGAGGAAAUAACAGAUAUGUCGCCAUCUCUAGAGGCAUCUUUUAGCAGUCCACCUCCAUCGGCUGGGCUGCACACAGCAUCAACAGAAUCUACAGAAUCAGUCAGAACAAUCAAAGGAAGUGUACCGCCUACACCAAGUGCAUUGCCACUACGGACGCCGUCGUAUCCAUUUCCAUAUGUCCCAGGCACUCCUCGAACGUGGUCGUCAUCCUUCCAUCAACCAUUCACCAAUCUCUCACCAACAAUCGACUCGCUCAACAUCAGAGGACAGCCGACAGUACGCGAACAGUUCACGUCAGGGGAUAGCACACCUGCGGCCUCCGUCUCGGCAUUCCUACCACCUAGUAACGAGAUUGAGGAUCCGCGAUAUCCUUCACCAAACCUCUAUGAUACAAUCUUGUUGUUGAAUUCUGAACCGGGCCUCGAAGCUUGGUGGUCAACUGUGGUGAAAUUAUGUCACGAAUGGUUUGGCGCCGAAAGAGCUUCACUGUCCGUCCCUGCGGACGCGUCAGAUCAGAACGUUCCUUGGACACAGCAAGCUACUUACAAUGCCUCAGGCAGACGCAUAGCUGCCACAGCCGCGCAAACGUCGAGUUCCAUCGCGAAAGCUUCGGACCUAUCCAUCUCACGCUCACCAGAAGAGGCCACCGACCUUGUCGGAGGCCUAAUUCAAGGUGGGAGCAAGAGAAGACCAAAGCUUGAGGCGCGUCACUCUUACGCUGGUCCAGAGCGACAAAGAAAAGAUGCGACUUUGGACACAAACAAGGCCGUGAGUCGGCCCGAAAGGCCAGGACCUCCAUCACGGACCGCCAGCCAUGUUCCCCGGACUUUGACCCGUGGAGAACACCCUUUACGUCAUGUGUCUCCCGUAUCUUAUGAUGGCGCGAGAUCACCAUCGAGGGGAAACACGUUCAGCGAUCCAGAAUUCUCGAGUCCCGGCGAUGCCUCUGAUAGGCCUUGUUUGUUGGUAUACCCACAGAAACAACCACUGAAUGUUGAGCAAGAUCCUCUUAUCGACGACGCAGGAGUGAACCGUAUCUUAGAAAAAGGGAGGCUGGUCACCCUUACCCGUGACUACAGCGUCUCAUGGAGCUCUGAAUCAAGUCCUGAAGGUCUUAAGAGGAGUCAACUACCGAAGAAUGCUCCUGGACAGUCCGCUAGUCUACAGCCACAGCGACAGACAGACGUGAAGGACAAACCUAAUCAUCCGUCCAGGACAACCAAGCUCGAAUCCCAUUCGUCCAAGCGUACAGUUCCAUAUGAAGAAUAUGAACAGCUGCCGUCAUCACCCUGGGCUCAAUCACCUCACCCGUCGCCAGCAGUCCAGAAUGACCCGAAUGAGGAUCCUUUCUUUGGUCAAACCAACGUCGACGAUACUUUUGACCCUACCAGUGCGUCCGGUGAUUAUUCAGGGACUGUUCCGGUCGAGGCGAUUGGGGUUGAUAGGGCCAGUACUAUUACCCAUGUCCCUUUAAUACAUCCGCUUUUGUCACAAGUAGUCCAUCCAUCCGAGACUUCGUCCUUCCACCAUACAACGCACACGGAUUUACGGAACAGGAGAUACAGGCGUUCUUCAAAGGCCUCGAUGCCUAAUGAGGAGAGUUCAGAUCGCAAAGUACCAAUAGCUAUACUCUCCUUCAUGUCGUCUGAGGUGCCUUUCCCACAGAACUGGACCAAUUCCUUGAAGCUGUUGGCACCCCAUCUGGCGACGACAUAUUCCAACGCUGCACAGUUCUCAGAAGCGUUUGAUCAAGCCCAAAACCUGAGACUUACUCGCUUUCAAAUAAGCCAGACUGGUUACACUCCCAUGACCAAUGAUUCCCAGAGUCUUCAUAGUUUGUUACGCUUAGAUUUGGGAUCAUAUCAAGAAACAACCCCAGGUGAGACGACCAGCCCAUCAGACUACUCGGGUCACUCUCGCCCAAGUCCUGGUAGCACCUCAAUGGUUGGUACGCCAGGGUGGGACACGUCGAUGUAUGGUGUCAGUGGUCGACAUUCUGUCGUAGGCACUCCGGCCCAAAUCAGUAACAUGGAUGCGAUUGACAGCUAUUUUGAUUCCAAGAAAAUAAUCAUGGGUGCCAAAUCAUCACAAUCGAGUCAGCCAGUAUCAAAAUCCCCGAGCGUUGAUAGAGCAUUGUCGCGAAAGAAGCUAACGGAAAGCGGCCCCGUCAAUGAAACGGAUGAUGCCAUCACGCCCAAAGAUAGCCAGAAAUCAGAUUAUUCUCGUGAGGAUCCCCGAAAGCCAGUUCAAGCUCGCGAGGCUGAAAAUAAGAAGCACUCGCUACUUCAUUCGUACGGGGCGAAUUUCUCUUCGAGCUUCCACCCUUUGCCUACAGCGACUACUCCGCGAACUCCUGGAUUAGCUCACAAUCGCAAAUCAUCAGCCUCGGAAAUACCAGACUUAGUACAACCAUCUUCGACGUUGCUGCGAACCAUCAUCGACUCCUUACCCGUACAGAUAUUCACCGCGGCCCCUGCAACAGGUAAUCUGACAUGGGUGAAUUCCAAAUUCUUAGUCUAUAGAGGACAGAGCCCCAAGCAAGCCUUGCAGGAGCCAUGGAAUGCCAUACAUGAAGAGGAUCGAGAUGGUUACAUGGAACAAUGGCAUAGAUCACUUCGUACGGGAGCUCAAUUGGCAAUUAAAGUUAGACUGCUAAGGUUCGACGGUACAUAUCGCUGGUUCUUUGUUCGUGCAGCGCCAUUAAAGGAUAAGCGUCAGAAUAUAGUACACUGGAUGGGAACGAACAUGGACUUCCACGAUCAACACUUGGCAGAGAUGAAUUCAGCACGCCAACAAGAGGUAGCUGCUUCGGAGGCCAAGUACCGAGCCCUCGCAAAUUCGAGUCCACAAAUCGUCUUCGCUGCGACACAAACUAAAGGCGUUAUAUUCUGCAACUCGCAAUGGGUCGUCUUUUCAGGACAAAGCGAGAGCGAGGCCUCUGGCGUGGGUUUCAUGAACCACGUUCACCCGGACGAUAUUUCGAAGUGUCGAUUACCUACUUUUGAUGAGGAUGGAUCAGCCGUUAUAGAUGCCCCAAUUACCGUUCAUGCAGAGGGCCCAAAGAGUCCCUCGCCACCAGGUUCCGAAGCCUCAUCAGAGACCGAGCGGAUCACGAGUCCAAGUCCUGGUAAUAUUACCUCUCCCUCGGUGGCAGGCAUCCCACAGGCGAGGCUGUCUAGAUUAGCAAGUGCUGGGAUAACGAAAAUGACCAAAGACCUGGAUGGUCGUCCAUCGUAUGCAACGGAAGUACGCCUACGCUCCAAAGAUGGUAUCUACCGAUGGCAUCUCGUGCGCAUACUUCUGGCAGAGCCUGUCUUCAAGGACGGCAAUGAGGAAGACACUUGGUACGGUACCUGCACAGACAUCAACGACCACAAACUACUUGAGGCAACUCUCAAAGAGACAAUGGAUGCAAAGACAAGAUUUCUCAGUAACAUGUCUCACGAGAUCAGGACACCUCUGAAUGGCAUUACAGGAAUGGUCAAUUUUCUUAUUGAUAGCAGUCUUACUGCUGAACAGAUGGAACAUAUCAACAUUAUCCGUAGUAGCACAGAAGGCCUUCGCGAUCUGAUCAACGACAUCCUUGAUCUGUCAAAGGUCGAGGCUGGCAUGAUCACGCUUUCGCCACAAUGGUUCUCCGUUCGUGAACUCAUCGAGGAUGUCAACGAUUUGACUUCUGGUAUGGCGGUCGAGAAGGGUCUUCAAUUGAACUACGUCCUUGAACCCGAUGUGCCGCACGAUUUGAAGGGCGACAAGUUCCGCAUACGACAGGUUCUCUUAAACGUCAUAGGCAAUGCGAUCAAAUUCACGGAUACAGGUGAAGUGUUCAUGCAGUGCCGAGUUGCCUCAGAUACUUCAGGUGUCGAGCUUCCCAAAGACAACGAAAUUCUGCUCCAGUUCCAGGUCAUAGACACUGGCAAAGGAUUCACGGAGAAAGAAGCAGAAUUCUUGUUCAAACGUUUUAGCCAGAUUGACGGCAGUAGCACACGACAACACGGUGGCACUGGACUGGGACUUGCCAUAUCCAUGCAGCUUGUUGAGCUACAUGGCGGUAAGAUGAAGGCUUCGAGUGUUCCUGGCAAAGGCUCAACAUUCACUUUCACGGUGAAGUUCCAAUUUCCAUCGGGCGAUGACCGACCAAGUCCAGGUACUGCUCAAGAGCCAUACAAUUUGCCAACACCAUUCACCGAUGAACCUCCUCGCAUUGAAAAGAAGUUUUCAGUAGCUUAUGGUUCUCCAGGCCAUCAAUUGGUGGAGUCACCAAUGUCUCAUGCGUCCGAGUCUCCAGCGCCUUCUUCCGCAAGUUCUGAUCCCUCAGUGCGGACUAUUGAUUCUGUUCAUUCUCAACGAUCAUCCGUUUCCUCUUUCAGCGCUGACAAGGCAUCACUUAAGCCGAUCACUUUGUCAAUGCCUGCCGAGAUUGCUCGUGCCCGAGGGUCCAUACCAGAUAUUAAACAGCCUCUAGGAUCGCCGUUGCCAGCCAUCUCCUCUCAGCCACCAAUGUACUCUAUCCUAGUUGUCUGCCCACUUGAAUAUAGCAGCCAAGCCACCGUCAAGCAUCUGGAGAGCACGCUUCCUACAAGCAUCCCGCACCAGAUUACAGCCCGUGAGAGUCUCGAGGAGUGCAAACAGAUGCUAGGGGGCGAGGAUCCUGUCCUUUUCACCCAUGUUGUUCUCGUUCUACGCACUGUCCAGGAGAAUGUUGAGUUCAUUGACCAGGUACUACGUUUCGGCCCGGCACACUCGACUACCACCGUCGUUGUCGUAUGCGAUUUGACCUUGAAACGAGAAAUUAUACAAAAGGCCCCCUACCACGAUUUUGACAGGCUCAAGAUAGACGCUCGUCUUGUUUUCAUCUUCAAACCACUCAAGCCGUCUAAAAUAUCAGCAAUCUUUGAUCCGAGGAAAGAAAGAGGCAUGCUGACGGACCGCUCGCACGAUAAUGCUCAACAAGUCGCAGUCAGCCAAAAACAGGUAUUCGAAGAGUUGAAACGAAGGCUUGGAAACAGGGGCCUGCGUGUUCUCUUGGUCGAAGACAACCAAAUCAACCAGACUGUACUUCUCAAAUUCCUUGGUAAGAUCGACAUUGAUGUCGAGACCGUACUCGAUGGAGUACAAUGCACAGACAAGGUGUUUGCUCAUCCUCAUGGUUACUAUUCCAUCAUCCUGUGCGAUCUGCACAUGCCUAAUAAAGAUGGGUACCAAACCUGCCGCGAGAUCCGCAAGUGGGAGAAGCGCAACAAGUUCCCUUACUUGCCCAUUAUUGCACUAUCGGCCAAUGUUCUUGGCGAUGUGUACACACAAUGCGUGGAUGCCGGCUUUAACUCGUACGUCACGAAACCGGUCGAUUUCAAAGUUCUCAGUGGCGUCAUGAACAAAUUUUUGGAUCCUGAGGACAAGACGCGCCCAAUCGAGUUUAUGAAGCCGCUCAAGAAAGGAUAA